GGUAAUGUAGUUUUGCUAGUCUAAUCCUCGCUUAAAUGUCAAUAUUGACAUUUAUGGUUGACAUUAAUCACAUUAAAAUUCUAGGUUUAAUAUUUAUUUUAAUAAUAAUUUUAAACACAAUUAUAAUAAAUAAUCUGAUAAAGGCAAAAAUUAUAUUAUUACAAAUAUGGAUACAGUUGUAAAAAGUAUGCUUGAAGAUGAUCCCGAAGAAAAGCCGGGUCUCAUGAUAAUGGGUCGAGAUGUAUCCAAAAUUCCUUGCUUCAGGGAGAGCUUUCUAUACGGCAUAGCUUCAGGAGUGGGCAUAGGACUAGCAUCAUUUAUAAAAACUUCAAAACCAAUCUUAUCACAACAUGUUGGAGUGGGAACAUUUGCUAUUUCAACAUUAUUAUACUGGUCAUACUGUAGAUAUCAAUGGUCCAAACAGAGGUUUGAUGCUCAACUCUUGCAGGAUGCCCUGAAAGAUAAAAUUAUGUAUGAGGGCACUGCGGUAGAAAGAGAAUUAGAGCAGAAAGGAGUUUUGAAGUCAGCGUAGUGUGCCAUUAACAAUCAACUGUAAAUUAAUUCUUUUAGAUUAGUAAUGCAUAUUAAGUGAAGCUCUUAUAUUUCAUUGAGUAUAUGUAAAUAAAUAAAAUAUUAAGUAAAGCA